UUAGUUAACAAGUGAAAUAAUAGGGAAGCGUGCAGUGUGAAUGCCAAGAGAAAAGCCACAAAAAGCCUAUUGAGGGCUCUCAGCCGCUCAUGGCGUAACCAUCACAUGGGUAAACUAUGCUCUGACUAUUUAAACAAGACCACUUUUCGCUUUCAGCACCAUUCUGCUGUCCAGCCACGUUGACAACAACGCGGAGAGGGAAAGAGAGAGAGAAAAAGUGAGAGAGAGAAGACGAAGUUUGCAAAGAUGCCCAGAUCGUUCCUUGUGGAUUCCUUGAUUCUGAGGGAGGCUAACGAAAAGGGGACUGAGAACAGCCCGCCGCUGUUUCCCUACGCCGUGCAUCCUCCGCACCCUCUUCACGGGCUGUCCGCCGGCUCCUGCCACUCGCGCAAACCUGGACUGCUGUGCGUCUGUCCCUUGUGCGUCACGGCCUCCCAGCUUCACCCGUCUCCCCCGGCCAUACCGCUGCUCAAGGCCUCUUUCCCGGCCUUCAGCUCCCAGUACUGUCACUCGGCGCUCGGGAGGCAGCACACGGCGUCCGCGGGGGUCAGCAUCAACCACGGCGCGGGCAUCUACCAGGCGGCGUACCCUGUGCCAGAUCCCCGGCAGUUUCAUUGCAUCUCCAUCGAGAGCAACAGCAGCCAGCUCCAGAGCAGCAAGAGGAUGCGCACGGCGUUCACCAGCACGCAGCUCCUGGAGCUGGAGAGGGAGUUCUCCUCCAACAUGUACCUGUCCAGACUGCGGCGCAUCGAAAUCGCCACCUACCUGAACCUGUCCGAGAAGCAGGUCAAGAUCUGGUUCCAGAACCGCAGGGUCAAGCACAAGAAGGAGGGCAAGAGCAGCUCGCACCGGGUGGGCGUCAACGCCUGCAAGUGCGCCUCGCUGCCCUCGGCGCGGUGCUCGGAGGAAGAGGAAGACCUCCCCAUGUCCCCUUCAUCUUCGGGGAAGGACGACAGAGACCUUUCCGUGACCCCUUGAGCACACGCCUGUCCCAGGAAAGCUGGCCGGCGACCCUACCUGUGGAAUUUUAAAUUCCGAACUCUUUCACUACGCAGCCAAAACUCACCUGUACAGACUUUCUAAACCGUAACUUGUAUAUGUAAAAAAAAAAAACAACAACAACUGGUUUAUACCUGCUAUACGAAGGAUUCCUCUUUCGUAAGACCAGACUGUAGCUUGUUAAAUGUGUGAUAUUCUUAUAUUGCUUUAUAUCUGUGUACCUAUCGUAAGUUGGUAGUCUUUUGAAACGCGAUUCAUCUUUACCGAGAGUUGCCUAUCCAAAUGAUUUCAAGAAGAUCGCCUAAUAACGGUCUGUAAUUCCAGAUAUGAUAUCCUGUACAUAAAAAAAACAGACACAUUUGUUAGCGUUCUAUAUUUUUGGAAACGAAUAGUCGAGUAUUUUGUAUCAAUGGUGAAAACUGUUUAGCUUUACUGAAAUGUUUUCGAGCGUCUCCUUUGACGGAGAUGGGAGAUGACGGUAUUUUUACUGAACUGUGAAAUGCGUUCAGAACGAUGUACACUGUUGCCUUGCUUUUUCUCCUGAUGUUUCUUUUUCGAAAUAGUUGUGUAAUUGUAUCGUCAAUGUAAUGGAAAAUAUUUAUUUAUUUAUUGAAAGAAAUAAU